AUGGUGUUCAUUCUUCCAGAGCAAGAAGACAUGAUGGGCCACUUUGCCGACCCUGUGUCUUUUCUCAGGGCAUAUGGAGAUGUUUAUGAGAAGCAGAGGGGUGUUCCUGUGAAGAUUGGUUUGCAGGACAUUCCAUAUUAUGAAUGCUUUGAGCAAGAAUUGCUCGAGAUGGUGCUUGAGCGGGUGUUUUCUGAGGAUGGCGGCGAACCAAGAGUCGCCGGCGCCGAGAACAUGCUUGAAGCAUUCAGGCAAUGCAGGUUUUUUGACGAGGAGCUGUAUAAUGUGGCAACUCUGGCCAUCAUCAAGGGAGUGGCCAUGCUGCUUGACAGAAUUGACCAAGAGGUUCAGCAACAAAACUUUUUGAGCGUAAGGUAUCUGUACUUUUACACAACUGAGCCAGUCGAUCUUACAAGAGUGUUGAUUGAGCCGUGUCUUCAGUGCAUUGAACAGCCAAGAGCUCUAGUGCAAAGGAUGCUUGACGUGAAGAAAAGCAUAGAAGAUGUAAACAUGCAGCUCAAGGAGGUAGGCAUGUCGUUUCUUGCAGAUGAUGGGAGACUGAGAUGCAGGAUAAACCUGUCGGAUGUGCUUCUUGGGCGAUCAAGGAUCGAGCACUACAACCUGGUCAAUAUCUGUGAAUCUGUUUUUGAUUUAGUUCUUGUGAAAGCAGCAGGAAUGGCUCCAGAGAACGGAUAUCUAUAUGUGAUGGAGUUUUACAGCGAAUACAUUACUUUUGAUGUUGGAUCUGAGGAGUCGAUUGCAUGUAUUAAGGUGUACUUGGAUGGGCUGUUGGCCAAAUACUGA